AUGGAUUCUGAUCACGCAGAACGCCAAGAUGACCCCGAGCGUCAAGAAACAAAACUCCAAACAGAAGCGGAGCUGAAAAUAGAUGCUGGACAGCCUGUGUACAAUCUGUCGAAUGUAGAGGAAAAUCCCGAGACUAGGCGAGUACGUGACCUCACGGAAAAAGGCCAGGGAGCAUACACAGAAAAACGUGACAAGUUCAGUCAGGAACUAGAGGCUCUCUGGUCUGAUAUAGAAUCCCAGUUAUUGGAAGUCACCAUGCCACCUAACGAGCUCCAGCAACUCUUAACAGCACAGGACAAACUUGUAAAAGCCUGUACUAACUAUCGUAGGCUCACAGAUGAAUACCUGAAAUUUCUGAAAAGGACCAGAACAUUGGACAGUCUAAAGGACAUAGACGCAUGUAAUCUCACGUUGGAUAUUCGACUGUCCAAAGUGGACCUGGCAAUAGAAACAUUGCACGAACAUCGCAUCGCCCUGACCAAGGCUAAAUCUUCUAAAACAAAGACCUCAAAGAGUAAGAACACCUCGCAUAGUGGGAGCUCAAACGUCUCUGACAUGUCAAGCCUAGCACGGAGAAAGCGUGCCAAGGCAGAGUCCGCUAGAUCAAGGAUAGCCUUUGCCGAGCAACAAGCUGCCCUCCUAAAGCAGGAGGCCGUAUUAGAGGAACAGAUCCUAUACAGACAAACAGAAAUCAAGGCCAAAAUAGAACAAGAAGCCAUCCGUGCAAAGCAAGAGGCCACACGUAGAAAAGCCGAAGCGGAACAAGAGGCCGCACGUAGAAAAGUCGAAGCGGAACAAGAGGCCGCACGUAGAAAAGCCGAAGCGGAACAAGAGGCCACACGUAGAAUUGCUGAGGCUGCUCACCUGAAAGCUCGAAUUGAACAGGAGGAGGAGCACAUCAAAGCUGAAAAAGAACAGGAGGCCGUUUGCAGGAAAACUCAAAUGGAACAGGAAGCAGCACGUGCGGUCCCAGAAAAAUCCGAACUUAAGGCUGCUAUGAACAUUCUCGAAGCAAAAAGAGAAGCUGCAGCCGCAGAAGCCGAGGCUUGUAUCCUGGAAUACAACGGCACACAAGCAGUUAGCGAUCUCCCUGACGAAACGGAAGACCCUCUCCAGCGUGUGCAAGAUUUCGUCAAUAAACAUCCUGUACCAACUACUGUAAAGGAAGUAACAGGACCUCAAAAGAUAAGACAAAGUCUUGUUAAGAUUGAGCUGAGUCAUGAAGCACCAGCGUUCGUGCCAUUCGUGGCACUGAACUUGCCAUCACAAACACCUGAGGUCUUGCCUACACAUGCUAAGUCACCAGAAGUUAAUGUAUUCCCAGAUCUGGGAACAAUAACUGGCAUAGGAAAACAGGGCGUUUCAGAAAAGAUCCCUGUCUUACAACAAAAACAAGGCGUUAUAGAAGAGAUCCCUGUCUUACAACAAAAACAAGGCGUAAUAGAAUAG